GGUUGGAGCUACUGAUCGAUUUAUUCUUGGCAAAGAAAUAAAAGUCGUAAAAUAACACUUUGGUGUGCCGUCAAAAUGGCUUCGUUGUGUGGAAAAAUCGCUUUAAAUACAAUUAACCGCAAUGUCGGAAUGUCUGUGGCCAGAUACUGUAAAAUGAUGCCUGACAUCAUGGAACAUGCAACGGGUAUUGAGAAAAGGGAACUCCAAGCUAUUGCUGCAGGCAAUGAAGAUCCCUUCGACAUGAAAGUAAUCAAAAGAAAUGCUGGGACACAACAAGAACCUAAUUUAAUCCCAUCAGCUUUCGAGUCUCGCAUUGUGGGAUGCAUAUGUGAAGAAGACGCCACAGCAGUGAAAUGGAUGUGGUUGCACCAGAAUUCCCCAAGAAGAUGUGAAUGUGGCCAUUGGUUUAAGCUUGUACAAAAAGCACCUGUUUAAUAAUGUGAUGCAUGGGCUUGUCUUUAUUCUUAGAAUGAUGAAAUAAAUAUAAUUAUCAUUAAAUUUGAAAUCAAUUUGAUGUGUACAUGAUUGUAAAACAAACUUCAAUAUAAGACAAGUUGACA